AUGUCCCUCUCCGACUUGCAGCGCGAGUUCCCCAUCCAUUGGGCCGUAUACGGGAACGAUUUAGACGGGUUGCGAGGGGUUCUCGAUGCCAAUCGAGAGAUCGACCUCGACAAGCUGGACUGCCGUGGGAGGAGCCCCUUGAUGCUAGCCGUUUCGCUGGGGCACACAGCCUGCGCGAAAGAGCUGCUGUUGCGAGGAGCCGAUGCUGACUCGCAAAAUAAGGGAAUGUGGUCAGUUAGCCACGAGGCCGUUUCUUCAUGCGAUCCCGAUCUCAUCCGACUGGUCAUCAAGCACCGCGAUCAUCAGCGUAGUCUAAAGACCUCCCGCUCCAUGCGGUCUACCCUCAAAAAGUUGAAAGAUACUCCCGAUUUCUACGCGGAAAUGAACUGGGAAUUCUCCUCGUGGGUCCCCUUUGUGAGUCGGAUGUGCCCGAGCGAUACUUAUAAGAUUUACAAAAGCGGCUCGUCGGUCCGAAUCGAUACUACCCUCGUCGGUUUUGAAGGGACCUCCUGGAAGCGCGGGAAUCAGACCUUCAUUUUUAGGUUAACCGAGCAAGACGUACCACAGCUCAUCAUCAUGGACCACAACGCGCAAUCGGCGACAUGCCAAAGGAUCACCGACGAUGACCAGCUCGAAGAUUACGAUCCGCCGGAGGAGGCGAUUACUUUUAGGAUGAGCGAGCCAAUUUCCACCACCUACAUCGAUGUCGACAAGAUCGGAUUCGAGCGCUCGAAGGGCGGCGGGUUUUUCUCGUGGAUCGCCUCGUCGGAGAGAACAGAGAACGUGGACGGGUAUGACUGUAAGGUGUUCAACGCAUCGAACGUGGAUCUGGUGACGAAGCAGCGGCUCGAGCAUUUGUCCACUGAAGAUAAGGCUCGAUUGAAGCAGGAGUCCGACUCUCACCCACUUUCUUCGGUGCUGAAAAUGGUGCGGAGCGAAACGGCCAUGGAAUCUCCACAAUCGGCCGACCAUUUGGGCGGAAUCACCGUUGCCGAAUACCUGGACAAGGAUUUCGACCUGCAAUGUGAUAUUGGAAAAGCCAAGCAAAUCUGCCGGAAGUCGAACACGUUCAAGGCGACGCUGUGGCUGGCCGAGGACUAUCCGCUGCAGCUGCAGGAGCAAGUGAUCCCGAUCGUCGACCUGAUGGCCUCGAAUUCGGCGCAUUUUGCCCGGUUGAACAACUUUAUCCGCCUCCAACUCCCUGCCGGCUUCCCCGCCAAGAUCGAGAUUCCGCUUUUCCAUGUGGUCAGCGCCAAAAUCACGUUCGGCAACAUCAACAAGCCAGGGCCGUAUGUGACACCGUUGGGAGAGGACAUUGGCGGGGUGGUCAGCCCGGUGACGAUCGAAGACGUGGUGUUCGAGGUGCCCGCCGGCUACCGUUCCUACGAUGAGAAUGCGGCGGCCGGAUGGUGGGAUCGCGAACCGGACCAACGGACUGCCCCGCAUCCACCGGCACAGCGUCAUCUAUAUUCGGCCGAGCAGCAAGAGGAGAUGCUCCUACAACUGGCCAUCCAGCAAAGUCUCAGCGAUUCGGGCCAAGGGUCUGGCCUUCCCGAUUCCGGCGGAGCUGUCGCUUUUCCGAUUGAUAAAAUCCCAUUUGCCUACAACGGCGAGGACGCGCAGCUGGCCAUGGCGAUACAGGAAAGCCUGCGCCUGAACAAUGGAAAUGCGGGUGAGGCCGACCAGCAGCAGCAGCAGGUGGUCGCCCCCUUUCAAAUGUUGGCGAACAACGCGCUGGAGGAUGACCUGGCCCGCGCCCUUCGCAUCUCGCAGGCCGAAGAUGAACAACGCCGCCAACAGCUCGACAGCGACGACGAGGAGUUGGCCCGAAUUCUAGAGAUGUCGAAGACCAUCAAA